AUGACAUCGCUCACUCAUUAUAGACAUCGUCAACUGUGUUUCACCGCCUUACCAUCUUCGACCAACGCCUCAAUCACACCUGAUUCAUAUUUCGAUAUCAACCCCAUUACAUCUGUCCGAGAGUACGCCCUCCUCAUCCCCGCCCUAGGGACCGUUGCACGGCACCGAACCGAAAGUUUGACUGUAGAAGAUAUGGAUACGCAAUACCCAUAUGACAGAGAGAGGGAGAGAGAUCGGCGAGAAGAUUACUCUCAACAUCCUCAGCCACAUCCUCAAACACAACCUCAACAACAACAACAACAUCAGCAAUCACAACCUCAACCUCCACAACAAUCACCACCUCCGACUGCUUCCCCAUUCGCCUUUGCUCCUCCUCCUCUGAGCUCUCAAUCUCGACCACCGAUGGCCAUGCAUCAAUCGGAUCCGACUCCCGUUGGCCCUCCGGUGGGCAUCGGACCUGUCGUACAUAAUCCCGUUCAUUCUCAACCUCAAGCAGGUCCAUAUCCUUCUCCAACGUUCUUCAAGCAGCAAGUCGAUCACGGUAUUCAGUAUCCUUACCCUGUGCCUACUCCUUCACCUUCCGGGGCAUAUCGCUCUUAUGACAACGAAGGCAAAAUAUCGCCCGUCCAUUCUAUUCAACGUCCAUCUUUACAACCACAACAGUCACACGGGGGUGUAAUGAUGCACCAUCUCUCACCUGUCCCCCCAUCCCCUUCGGUAGGAGCAGGAAGUAGCGCGUCAUUCCCUCCAACAGGUUACCACACCACUCCGUCCACUUAUGCCCCCAGUACUUCUUCUUAUCCUAGCUAUAGAUCCUUACCAACUUAUCCGAUUGGUCCGACAUCUCAAUCACCUCGUCCUGGUCCGUAUAGUAUCCCGAAUUACUACACUAAUGAGGUCUCUGGUAUUCAACAUUCUGCAGAGAUGCCUAGGUCAUUAUCAUAUCCCUCCAACUAUUCUCAGCCCUAUGGGUACCAUUCCAGCAUGUCGACACCGUCUUUGAGUAACGCUUUCUCUUUACCUCCUCUGGCGCGACACAACACGUUGAGUCAUCUAGGUCCUGGAAUGUCGGACAUGGAUAUGAACAGAGGAUCAGGUGGUGGUUAUUCAUUCCACAGUCGAUUACCUUUAGUGGAGAGACCAUACAAAUGCGACGAAUGCGUGCAAAGUUUUAAUCGGAAUCACGAUUUGAAGAGACAUAAACGAAUCCAUUUGGCUGUCAAACCUUUCGGUUGUGAUAAGUGCGGAAAAACCUUUUCUCGCAAAGAUGCAUUACGGCGACAUUGGUUAGUAAAGGGAUGUCGAGGUGACGAAGGUGCUACAGCUCCUAUCAAUCCUAUAUACCCUAUGUCUAAUCCACCUGCAGCAUCCUCACCCAGUCCACCAAACCACGAACCUUUCACAUCCUCCGCUCUCUCAUUUUCCCAUCCUAGUGCACCACCUUCACUGAACACUCUUCCCUCUCGUCAAGCGUCCGACCAAUCUCAAAUCCUCGUCACACCAUCAGAUGUAAACUCUCACCGUGACCUGCUCACGCCAAUGGAUGAUCCGGUAGUCAUCAUAUCAGGCUCAGGUAGAGAGUCUGAAUCUUCUGAACUUGGUACCGGAUACUUUGACGGUGUUGUCGGUCUCAAAAACGAUGGAACAGCUUUGAUGGAAAGAUCUUCAAGUGGGACUAUCACUCAAAAGAAUCCACCUUAUUCUAGAUCAAAUAGACAUCAUCCUUAUCGUCGUCCGAGUCAGCAACAAGGUAGUUCUCCAAAUAAAAGACAAAGUCCUACAUCUUUAGGUCCGGAUGGUAAACCAGUAUUUGCUAUUCCUUUCUCUCCCGCUCAACAGAAUCAAUACGAUGGGAUGAUUGUGAAUCAGGGACAGGGACAAGGACAAGGGGAUGGGGCGCAGAUGGAAAGACAGGGUAGUGGUGGGACUGAAGGUGAUCACACGACAUGGCAAAGGUGGCACAGACCUUCUUUCCCAUUCCCCGCCCCACCCAUACAUUACACAUACGACCCUUCUUCCCCUUCCGCAUCUACCUCCAUCGAUGUUCUUCCACAGAGUUUCACCCAAUGA